CACGAGAUCGCCAUUGGACACGUACAGUUGGUUAAAUCUAUAUUGCAUUAACCGAAUUGCCAGUCAACGUUUGAACGUUCACUGUCUUAUUACGUGUUGUGCCGAUCCCUGAACAUGAGAUAGCGGAGCGACCCUGGCUUUUACACCAUCCGGUCCUGAAACACAUCAGAAUACUCCUCGCCAAUCCGUCUCUUCUAACACCUUCCCUUCCCUGAUAUCCAUUUCCUUAGUAUCUUUCUGGAUUGCAGGUAUACCAGUCAACAGAUUGUCAUGGAGACCACUCUUGCUCAUCGACCUUGGGAGCCCGCUACCACGGGACCGCAAACCCCCCCAGUGUCGUCUACCCAAACCCUCCCAUCUAUUUCGACUUUGACAGCAAGUAUGGCCGGCGGCAUGCCUACCCAGGCCGAAAAGUCACCGGGGAAUGCCUCCCUAAAUACGAUAGAGCGAGAUUCGGGGAAUUGGUCCAUGCCUCAGAGUACCAGGUCGUCUACCUACUCAACCACGACAAACGCGACAGGCAACUAUCCCUCUCUCUCCUUCCUCACGUCCCAACCUUCUCCCAAUCGCGCAUCCUACGUCUCGGAUCGGUCCCCGUACCCCAACGACCACUCUAAUACCAACACGCCUUCCUCUGCGGGAGCGCAGCCUUCGCCCAAUUUCGGGUCAACCCAGCCGAACACAACCCUGCCUUCGAUCAACCAGAAUUACGAUGCUCCUUCUCAACGAGGCAGUAUGGUGGAACCCCCCGAGUCUCGACGGAGCAGUGUGGAUAGCAGGAUGAACCAAGGAAUCAGCUCGCUUGCCAUUAACCCCGCAUCUCCUUAUCAUAGCACGAAUGCUUCGCAAACCUCGAUUGUUUCGGGUCUCCAACGAGAGCGCGGUAUUUCUAUGGACGUGAAUAUGAACAAUUCCUAUCGCGGCCCUCGAUACUCUGGAGGCCAACCACUCUCUCCACUUGGCCCGCGGGCUAGCGAACAUCGCGGAUUUGCAGCUGGCCGCACGGCACCUGCCAUCUCGUCGAAUCCUCGCUCUGAAAUCUACAAUGCAGAGGCACCUACCGCUGGUCUUGCGUACGCUUUCCCGGAUCCUGACAUUGCGCGAUCCAAUUCUGUCUCUUCUACCACCGAAAAGUCAACCAAUCAAUUCUCCCGCAAAGGAAGUACUGCUGAGUCGCUUGCCAGUAGCGUCUUCUCUGAUGCACGGUUGCCUCGUGGACAGCAUGAACUUCCUCAAAAUGUGCACCAUCAUUCUUUACAACACAAGCAAGUCCGUGGUCUUAUUGGAGAAGCAGACGCACAUAGUGGUAGUACGCCUUACAGCAGAACUCCCGAGCUGAGGGUAACGCACAAGUUGGCGGAGCGAAAGCGCCGCAGUGAGAUGAAGGAUUGCUUCGAAGCUUUGCGUGUCCGCCUCCCACAAAGUCAGAACAAUAAAUCGAGUAAAUGGGAGACACUCACAAGAGCUAUCGAAUAUAUCUCACAUCUAGAAAAGAUGGUUACUACCACUCGCAGAGAAAAUGACGUGCUGAGGAGCGAACUUGACGAGAUGCGGGCACAACUCAGUCAGCAGCAAGCCAACGGCCAAUCUCGGCAGCCGUCGAUCUUUGAGCAUCAUCCCGUAACGGUGCCGCAGCCGAAUGGGCAGGUACAUGGCGCUAUGUUUUCCGGUUAUGCUCCUGGAUCCGCGAUGCCGCAAGAGCAACCGCGAACGCUUCCUCCGCUCAUGAACGGGACUGUUGCUCCAAUGCAAGGCGUGCAGUACACCGACGAACGACGGUAGCUAAUCGAUGGCCACCGAGAUUCUUACCCAUGACACAGCCCAUGACGAAUGCAUUGGUGACGGUUGCUUUACUUGACACGGCCCACAUUUCCUCGCGUUCUAGACGCGGUAUCCGACUUCUCUUUCUCUGGCUUGUAGAUUUGUUUUGGGUGGCUAUCGUCCUUUCGAGCGACAAUCUGCUUGACUAUUUCAUCAUCCUAUCCACCAUUUUGGUUGGCACAACAGCGAUUCUUGGCUAGCCUAUGGCGGGUAACAAAAACCUCUCAUCCUGUUUCUCUAUAUUUCUCACCUCUCCAGCAUAUUACCCCCUUGGUCAUGUCCCGUUACAUUACAUCUCGGGGUCAUGGUGGCUUCCACCUCCCCAAACUCAUUCAACCCCUACCCAUUUUCACCCCUCUCCCCAAGAAUCGGAAGAUCGGGGCGUGGAAUCUGUUUAUUUGACCUCCAUCAUGUAUUGUCGGUGUUGUUAAAGGUACCGUGUAUGCACGGAAGAAGGGCAAAAAAGGAAACUCGAACAUUAGUUGCUUGGAAAAGGAGUGUAUGUGUGGCAUUGUUUUGAUAUCCCCAUGGUUUGUUUAUUAUGUGUAUUUUGCUCUACAGAUACCUGGAAAUCAAACGUCGAAGCAUCGGUUGAUACCGGUCGACAU